CCGUUUCUUUCAUCCACAAUCAUACCCAUCUUCCCCAUAAAUUCCCAACCAAACCUCUCACAAUUGAGUCACCAAGGCUUAAAAAAAAACAUUCUACUUCUCUUUGCUCCAAAUAUGAGUUCUUAUAAACAUUCACUGUUGUGUCUUUCUAUUCAUCUUAUUCUCUUUGUUUUAGCAUUUGUUUCAAAAGCUCAAACUCUGUUAAAUUCCAGCAACUUUUUCCGAUCUGUUUACACCUUUGGUGACUCUUUCGUUGAUCCGGGAAACAAUAAUUACAUUGAGACUAAUUCUAAGAGCAAUUUCCCUCCUUAUGGCAGAGAUUUUGUGAACCAUACUCCCACUGGGAGGUUUUCCAAUGGGAGGCUUUUCCCUGAUUUUCUUGCAUACAGCUUGGGUGCUAAAAAGUACCAGCGUCCAUUUUUGGAUCAAAUUGCACUUAACUCGUACCUGACGGAGCAACCCACGGCAAUUAGUUUUGCCUCCGCCACCAGUGGCUUUGAUCCACUUACAACAAACACAACCAAUGCAAUCCCAAUGUCAACGCAGCUGGAGUAUUUCAAACAGUACAAGGCCAAACUCCAGAACAAAAUCGGAAAGAAGAGAGCUGCAAAUCAGAUCAAGAAAGCCCUCUUCUAUGUGAAUGCCGGAUCGGACGAUUUUGCUUUCAGUUAUUUUGGAGAUGGACUCAAUCAAACUGCUCGAUAUCAGACUUAUAAACUACCCGAUUACGAGCAGUUCGUGCUCCAACUCAUGCAACAAUUCAUUCAGGGAUUAUCGGACCAAGGGGCUCGAAAAAUCGCAGUUACAGGUCUACCACCACUGGGUUGCAUCCCUAUUGUUAUCACUCUACUUCCCGGACCAAAGGCAUCUCCACAACGUAACUGUGUUGAUUAUCAGAAUUCCUUUGUCAGAGAUUUUAAUUCACUGCUCCAGAAUCAACUGAAGUCUAUGCAGAGCAAGUUAUCAAAGUUCGGCACAAAGAUUGCUUAUAUAGACUUUGAACAACCAUUACUCGACGUUAUACAGAAUCCCAACAAAUAUGGAUUUACUGCGGUCAACAAGGGUUGCUGUGGGACGGGACUUUAUGAAAUAGGACGGAAGUGCAACCAAACUACUCCGGUAUGUGCUGACACCUCAAAGUAUGUAUUUUGGGAUGCGGCGCACCCAACGGAGAAGACAUAUGGCAUCAUAUUUGCAAGCAAUAUUCCAACAAUUCUUGGACUCAUUAAGGACUAACUUUUGAUUAUCAUCUUCCUGGUAGUUUCAAUUUGGUCCCAAAUGUCAACUUUUACAUGGCUGCACUAGUGUUAGAAAAAAAGCCCAUUAAACAAAUGUGGCAAAAUAAUGUGUGCAUCCUUUUUUUUGUCUGCAGUGAAAUAAUGUAGUGUGUUUUGUUCAUCAAAAUCAUGAAAUGUCUUAAGCCAGUUGGUUUCA